AUGGCCGAUGUACGUUUCUCUUACUUUCGCCGAUACGAGCAGUCUUCAGAGCUGUGUGCUGUGGCGGUCUUAUGGAUGCCUGCAUCUGAAGUGGAUGGCCUUUUGUCCAUGGCAGACACUGCUAGGUUUGCAAACCGUGAGAAGCUUGCGAGACCGGAGCCUGGUGUUGGUGAUUUGGCGGAGGCUGACACCGAGAGUGGAAGCGAAGCGUUGGACGUGACGGACAAACGCUGGUUUGAAACCUCAGAGGCAGUGUCCGUGAUGCUGCCAUUACGCGGCGAUCCUGGACGAAAGACGGCAAAUCGAAUGAGCUUUUCCUUGCGCGCAAGUUUGCCAAGCAGUAUAGUGACCUGCUGUAAAGACAUCAGUGACGCAUUGGUUUCAUUAAUGCUCAUGAUGUACAUGCCUGGAUAUACGUCGCCGUGCCGUUCAAUAGGUCCUUUUUCGCCAGUUAAAAGGUUUGUGAACCCAUGA